CUGAAGCAUAGCCCUUAUAGUUUAAAAUCCAAGAAUGUAUUCUCUUACGUUUAUAGCAAAUGGACCUAGGUUGUCCGAAGAAAAUAACCGUGAUAUUGAAGAGUUUGUCACGACGAGGUUGCAAGUGUCUGUGUUGACAAAGACCCAGCUUUCGGCGAACAGAGUGAUAGAUUUUCAAAUCGACACCAACGUCCCCGAACUUGUUUCCGCUCUCGUAAAGAAAGAAGCUGCGUCCAAGACGUAUGACAUUAUCUUUCAGCUUGCAUCUGAGAGAAAAAACAAGAAGUUGUUUAUUUUCGACAUGGACUCCACUUUGAUUUACCAGGAGGUGAUUGAGUUGAUCGCUGCGUACGCCGACAUCGAAGACAAGGUAGCUGAGAUUACUGAAAGAGCCAUGAAUGGAGAGCUUGACUUUAAUGAUUCAUUGAGAGAAAGAGUACUUUUGCUAAAGGGUAUCGAUGCCUCUACUCUUUGGGAUGAAUUGAAAGACAAAAUUAAGAUUACCAAAGGAGCCCGUGAGCUUUGCAAGGCCUUGAAAAAACUUGGCGUCGUUAUGGGCGUUUGUUCUGGAGGAUUCAUUCCAUUAGCUUCAUACGUGAAGGAACAGCUAGGUUUGGAUUACGCUUUUGCCAACACUCUCGGUGUGGAUGAGCAAUCUAAGCUUGACGGCACCACCAGAGGAUACAUCGUGAACGGUGAAAAAAAGGCAGAGCUUUUGCUAGAAAUUGCUUCGAACCAUAACAUCGACCCCAAAACUGCCGUUGCUGUAGGAGAUGGCGCGAACGACUUGAAAAUGAUGAGCACGGGUGGCUGGGGUGUGGCUUGGAAUGCCAAGCCAAAGGUGCAAAAAGAAGCACCCAGCUGUUUGAACUCUGAUUCCUUACAAGACAUAUUGUACAUAAUGGGGUUCUAUGACUCGGAGAUCGCCGCUCUUCUCACUUGAGUCUAGGCACUACAUAGAUUAGAGCACGCUACCGGUACUUGGAUUUGAACUAUUAAUAGAAAUGAAUAUCGGAUGUUCCAAUUUUCGUUUUUUUGUUUGACUGGAAGAUCAUACAUGCUUUCCAACUGCGUUUAC